AGUAAAAUUGACGUGCAGAAUCUGAUCAAUUAAAGAGGACAUGUGGAUUUAUUUUUGCAUGCAGAGGAGGAGGUUUUCUUGCUCUUUGUGAAAAGGUAGGCUAUUCCUGUGAGCAUGCAGCUACUUUCAAUGACGGCACCAGUGUCGAAGCUGAUGACCAACUUUUGAUGUUUGAAAUUGGGAAUACAUUUCACCUUGAUCAACUUUUCAAGAGAGAGGGAAAACUGGAUACCACGGGACUAUGAACUGGUGAGAAACUGCUGUUUUUGCGAAAAACAAUAAAACUUUUUCAUCACCUUUGACAGAAAAUUUUAUCAUCUCACAUUUACAAAGCUGUUGUGCUUUCAACUUAAAAGUAUUUUUCAUUUCAAAUUCUGUAUUGAUAAAAGAUAACAUCCACAAUAAGGAUGAAUAUCAUCUGCCAAGUUUUUUUUAUAUCUGACCUAUUACCUUGACCUUUUGACAGACAUGUGGGGAUCAUCCCCAAACUCCGCUCCACAAACGUAAACAAAACCACAAGCAAACAGACGGAGCACUCAUACGGCGGAGGCGGGCAGCGUGCUGUCCAAAGACCCAGCCUGACGCACCGAGACGGACAGACAGAUAGACAGUCUGAUGCCAACUGUCUCUGCUGUCAAUCUAACGGCACCACUCCUCCUCCUGUUGCUAUGGGCAACCCACCCCACCAUGGCAACCAACUGGCUGUAAGUCUUGCGUGCGAGGGAGGAAGAGAAAGAGGGAGUUUGUUUGUCAUGCUAUAACUUUUAAAAGAUGGUGACAUGUCUCUAAAUCUCUUUCAGUCUUUGCCUCUCUUUCUUUGUCUCACUCCUGGUGACCUUUUCUCUUUUCUUUCUCUCUGCCUUCAAUGCGUCUCUUUCCCUACUCUUCCCCUUGUUUCCAUCCUCUCUAAAACUCUACCCACUUGUUCCCUCCACAUCCUUUUGCUCACUCUCUUUUCCUUCCUCAUGAGCUCUUUCUCUAACUCCCUCUCUUUUCCUCAUUAUGCAUCCUCACUCCCUUCUUUCUCAAUAACUUCCCCUUCCAAAACCCGCUCUGAGUCACUAUAUCACUCUUUGUGCCCCAGCUCCCUGGCGAGGCUGCCUCGCUCCAGGCCUGUGUCUGGUGCCGCCCCAUGUGCUCGGCUAAGGGGGUUGACCCCGGGGCAGGUUGGGGUGUGCAGGGCGCGAGGGGAGGUUAUGGAGUCUGUGCGAAAGGCAGCGGAGAUGGUCAUAGAAGAGGUGGGGCAAAGAUUUUUAACAUCCACAGAUUUUAUGUUACUUUCAUUAUCAGGAGUUUGUUGAACCUGGAACAUUGUGAGUGCUUUAUCUAACUGCCAUGCAUGACACCUUUAUACUCAGUGUCAGCACCAGUUCAGGAACCGCCGCUGGAACUGCUCCACCACCCCACGUGGGAUCAAUGUUUUUGGCAGAGUCAUGAACCAAGGUAACCUCAUAAAAACGCCACGCAUCAGGCCGCUCAUAUCUGCAUUUAACACUUUUCAUUUCUGUACAACUCUAUUAUGGUUUCAGGGACUCGCGAGGCAGCCUUUGUGCAUGCUUUGUCCUCAGCGGCGGUGGCAGUGGCUGUGACCCGGGCCUGCACCCGUGGGGAGCUGGAAAGGUGUGGCUGUGACAGGAAGGUCAGGGGGAUCAGCCCUGAGGGUGAGCUCUGGUUCUAUUGUGUGAAAAUACAGCAGGUACAACCACACAGAGUCAUGAAAAAUGAAACAGUCGAGGUGCUGCAGGUUUUAGGGUGUGGCUUAAACUUUCCAGUGUGAAGCUCUAAGAAGUGAUAUCAUAGCAGCUGUCACAGGUAGAUGACUCCUUGGUGAUAUAGUCGAUUAGUGGAAAGCAUACUAUAGGCUUCAGGCUUGUUUAAUUCAGUGUUGAUUCAUGGUCAACCAUCUUUUUAGCUUUAUAUUUAAAUGUAAACCUGUGCUUAGGAUGCAGUAAACUGCAAUGCUGGUUCUUCUUCAACUCUAGGUUUCCAGUGGUCAGGGUGCAGUGACAACCUGUCCUACGGCGUGGCUUUCUCCCAGACAUUUGUGGACGAACCAGAACGAGCCAAGGGGCUGUCAGCAGGGCGACCACUCAUGAACCUCCACAACAACGAAGCUGGUCGAAAGGUUGGUGGUGGUGCUGCAGCAUUAAAGACAUCUUGAGGUUUCAGUGACUUAUAUCUUUCCUUCUAUCUUUAGGCCAUCCUUCAUAACAUGCAGGUGGAGUGUAAGUGUCAUGGUGUCUCUGGCUCCUGUGAGCUGAGGACCUGCUGGAAAGUGAUGCCUCCAUUUAGGCGUGUGGGUGUUGUGCUCAAAGAACGUUUUGAUGGAGCCACAGAGGUAUUAAAAUAUGCCACAACAUCCUCUGAAACUUUGAGGGAUCCUACUCUGUCUGGCUCUCUUAACAGGAUCUACCUCUUAGGUUCGUCUGACUCGCAUAGGAUCCAGGACUGCCCUGCUCCCUCGCGAUCCCCAGGUCAAGCCCCCUGCUGCUAGAGACCUGUUGUACCUUGCACCGUCCCCGGAUUUCUGCCAUCUCGACCCUGACAAUGGCAUCCCCGGAACUGCUGGAAGGAGAUGUAAUGGUAUGAAAAUUAAGUAGAAGCAUCUUACAGUCAAGAUAACCCAAUUUAUUGAUCUAACAAAUACAGAAAUAUGAUGUCGCUCUCUACCUAGGAACCUCUCGAUUGGCACCAGAUGGCUGUGAGCUUGUGUGCUGCGGGCCCGGGUAUCGAGCGGGCCGGGCUGAGGUGGUGCAGCGAUGCUCAUGCAAGUUUUCCUGGUGCUGCUCAGUCCGCUGCCAGCAGUGCAAGAACACAGUCACCAUUCACACCUGCAGAGUGUAAAAGGAGCAGAACACGACCAAAGCACCCCGUGCAGAAAGACCCAAACAAGCUACUAGACGGACACUCGUGCACACAAGACGGGAUAGCAAACCCUAAUGUGUAAUUUUAGCACCAUUUGACCUUCACCUCUGGUUCCAAAUGCAAACUUACCUAAAAUAACUUUCCACUGAAGCAGCAGAGACAGAAUAUUGCAAAAGCUGUAAAGUAAGAGAUUUUUUAAAGAGCAUUGACAUCAGAAGUAAGGUGUGAACAUAGACACACAUGAAAAAAAGUCAACAAUUAAUCACACAUUGGACUGACAAAGCUUUUCAGGCUGAAUUUAACCACAACUAAUCGGGACACGUUACAGCAUCAUUUUUAUUUAAUGCAAACUUCUCCUGUUGUCAUAGACUAGCUGGUUUUCAAACAUUUACUGUAUUUAUGUCUCUUCCUCCAAUUUGGUUUAUUUAUUUAUACAUCUGAGUUUCUGCUUCACUUCAGCCUCCAGCAACAUCUUUAAUCGCAAGAAUAACUUUUACUUACAUCAGCGUCUGUCUUGUGUUUUGUCUCUCAUCUUCAUGUGAAACUCUUCUGUAUGUUACUGCCCGAGCAGUGCUUAAGUCUUUUCAAGAAAUCUAAUAAAAACAGUAGUUUUAUCUGA